AGCAGGAAACUACCAAUAUUUCAUGCAACUGUGGUUUUGCUACUUCAAUGGGUCUGCCAUGCAAACACAUUUUUAGAUUUAGAUUAAAUAGUAGAGAGAGUUUAUUUGAUGAGUGUCUUGUUUUAAAAAGGUGGAGAUUAGAUUUUUUUCAAAUGACACAGAAUUUAACAGAGUCUGCUGAGAUUCUGCAAUCAAAUUUUAUUAGUGUUUCAUCUAUUCAGCAAGAUUCUAGAAAGCCUCUGUCACAACAGGCAAAAUAUAGAAAAGCAUUCUUGAUAUCUCAGAGAAUUGCAGCAUUGGUCAGUGAAACACAAGGAAAACAAUUUGAUAUUUGGCUUUUGAAAAUGUUAGAAUUUGAAACUUCCCUGCAGUGUUUUUUGGAUAAAAAAUUAAAUGAUCAGGUGUUAGAUUUUGGCGAGGCUGAUGUCCUUCAAAACCCAAUAGUUUCUAGCGAGGAGUUAAUCUCCGAUUACUUGGUUCAGCCUCAUACACUAUCUCCACCUGUGAGCCAAAAUGUAAAUGUUAGCCUAGCAGCCAAUGAGUCAAAAAGCAAUUUGCUUGCUCAUUCACAUUUACAAACUCCAUUAUUAAAUAACACUGUAGCUAACUCACAGUCACUUGAUAAAUCUAUACUAGAUCCCAACCUUAUCAAGAUGCCAUCACAUAUACCCAGGCGUGGACGACCAAAAGGGUCUGAAAUAACAGUUAUUGGAUUACCCAAAAUGCUGCUUGGGUGGUUAGUAAAACCAAGUAUCAUUGUAUCAGUCCUUAUUGGGGCACAGCUUGCUGAGAUUGUUGAUAUUCUACCAUGGCUGAAAAUACCUACAAAAGUGACAUACGAGCCAGUUGAAAUAAAAAGAGUAAGAAAGUAUUUUUCCUUGGUUUCUUGGUCAUAUCUGACUAGAAAGCUUGAAAUAAUCAAGCACAGGAACCUUUGGCUGUGCCAAGCUUGUGACAACGAACUCUGUGACACUUUUGUGAUAUGUUGUGAUCAUUGUCUAAAUUGGUUUGACAGAAAGUGUGUCGGUUUAAAGGCUGCACCGAAAAGCAAAAUUUGGUUUUGUAAAAGCUGUUUAAAUAAGAAGUCUAUGACUUUAAAAUCCAAUCAGAGCACUGUAUAUCCAGCUGAUUUUUCAUUUGGUAAUGAGGGUCAAAUUUUCACACAAAAUUGUGACAUCUUAUUAACAUCUAAGCUUUCUGCAGCUGAUUUGCAAGAUAUUUCAGCCAAUCACAUGUUAUCAGACAAUGUGAUUCACACAGUUCAAAAAAUGACGAGAAACGUCUGUGGGUUACAAGAUCCAGUUCUGGGACAAAACUAA